AGUGAAAUUAAACUGCUCUCCUGCCUGGGAUAAGCCAUGGCUGCUGCUGCAAAGGCAAGGCAAAGCCUCCAGGAUGAAGCUUCUUGUUCCAUCUGCCUGGAGUAUUUUAAUGAUCCCGUGACUAUAGACUGUGGGCACAAUUUCUGCCGAGCCUGCAUCACCCAGUGCUGGGAGGGAUCUGAUAAAGACGUCUCCUGCCCUCAGUGCAGAGCGACCUUUCCCCAGAGGAACCUCAGGCCGAACUGGCAGCUGGCCAACGUGGUAGAAAUAGCCAAGCAGCUACAUUUGCAAUUGACAAAAGAUGCCGGAGCCGGGAGAGUGUGUGAGAAACACCAGGAGGCUCUGAAACUCUUCUGUCAAGAGGAUCAGUCCCCCAUCUGCGUGGUGUGCGACAGGUCCAAGGAGCACAGGGCUCACACAGUGGUUCCUGCAGAGGAGGCCGCCCAGGAGUACAAGGGACAAAUUAGGAGUCAUUUGGAGAUGUUGAAGAAGGAGAUGGAAGGCAUUGCUGCACUGAAAUUGAAUGGGGAAAUAACAACCGAGGAGCUGCUGCAACAGACGGAGAGCGAGAGGAAGAAGAUUCUGUCGGAAUUUGAGAAACUCCAUAUGUUUCUAGAGGAGAAAGAAUUGCUCCUAUUGGCCCAGCUGGAAGUGCUGGACAAGGAGAUAUUGAAGAGGCAGGAUGAAUUCACCACCAGGCUCACCCAGGAGAUAUCUCGUCUCGAGACCCUGAUCAGUGAGAUGGAAGGGAAGUGCAGGCAGCCAGCAAGUGAAUUCCUGCAGGACAUCAGAAGCACCUUGAGCAGAUAUGAGACGGGGAAGUUUCAGAGUCCACCAUCCCUUCCUCUGGAACUGAAAAGGAGAGUCAAGGACUUCUCUCAGAAGCACACAUUUCUGGAGCACGCUCUGAGUAAAUUUAAAGAGACUCUGUCAUCUGAACCAAAGCUGGACAAAGUGUUUCUAUCUGGAAAGCAGUUGGACAAAGCAAAUGUGACCUUGGAUCCAGACACGGCUCAUCCUCAUCUCAUCCUGUCCGAGGAUGGGAAAAGCGUGAGAUGGGGACCUGCACAGCAGGACGUGCCUGACAACUUCAGAAGAUUUGAUCCCGUUCCCUGUGUGCUGGGCUGUGAGGGGUUCACCUCAGGGAGACAUUGCUGGGAAGUGGAGGUGGAUGGGAGCAGUUGGGCCGUGGGGGUGGCCAGAGAGUCUGUGAGGAGAAAGGGAGGGGUCGGCCUGGAGCCAGAGGAGGGGAUCUGGGCUGUGGGGCAGCUGAACCCAAUUCAAUAUGUGGCUCUCACUUCUCCUUGGACAAGCCUGCCACCGGAUAGGAGACCCAGGAAGAUCAGGGUUGCCCUGGACUACAAAGGGAGGCAGGUGGCAUUUUUCAACGCUGAGAACAACACUGAGAUCUUCACUUUCCUAGCAGUUGCUUUUGCUGGGAGAAUCUUCCCGUUCUGCUGGGUGGCAGACAAAAGUUCCCAGGUCAGAAUGUGUCACUGAGCUGCGAGAUCAAGUAAUCCACCUCUCCUCCGGGGCCUGGAUCUGGCAUCUGCUCCGUAGAAUCUCCUUGUGGAAUUCUAGUCUGUCCGACCCAGCUUCUAACACUCGCCUCCCAGCAGUAUCUGACUGCCCAAACCACCUCCUACUGGAGCCCAGAGAGAGCCCAGUUUCUCUAACACCUGCAGACAAUUCAUGGUGCAGACAGUUCAUGACCCCCUAUACGCUGCCUCUACUGCAGGAUCCCUCUUUGGAUGAGCGGGAGAGGAUUUUUUCGAAGAGAGAGAUCAAAGGGAUUAGAGGUGGGGGAAACAAAGAGUAACUGGAGAGGAUGUUUAUAGAAGGAAAUAUGAGAGGAAAAUGUAUAGGAGGAAAAGAGAUGAGGGAAUAUAUAAACUCUUUGGAGCAGGGAUUGUCUCUCGCUGUGUGUCUGUGCAGCACCCGGCACAACGGGGCCCUGAUCUCAGCUGGAGUUAUCCUAAUAUAUGUAAUAGGUAAUGAUAGCUACACAAGAGACACCAUGACUGUGAGAAUCAUUCAGAGGAUUCAUAAACCUAGGGGUAAAAUUUUCAGAAGUGCCUAAAUCCCAUUUUCAAAGGAGAGGAGUGACUCUUGAGAACCCACGACUCAGUGAAAGUUGACAGGAGUCUGGCUUUGAAGUCACUUCAGUGCUUUUGAAAAUAUGCCCCUCAUUGAACGUUAGGUGCCAUUCUAAGCAUCCAUCCCUUUGCUAUAUCAGCAGCGAUUUAAGUGAGGGUCUAUGCAGGCCCAGGGCUCCACCCACAUAGACGGGGGAGUCACAGGAUGGGAGCCUUUCUUGGCUUCAGAAGGUGGAAGUUGCCAAAGGAUUGUCCCACGUUCCCUGGGUAAGUGAGAUCAACUGGCAGCUUUCUCUGUUGUCCUUGCUGCUCAUGCAAAUGUUCAGCGUUCAAAGCCAACUCGUGUUUAUUUUAGGAUUUGCAUUUACCUAAGUAAGAAUAAAAUCCAUAUUUUUAAAUACCCUUAUUUUCUAUUGUGCUUCCCCGCACCCUAUAUUACUGAGCAUUUGUGGGGAGGGAACAUAAAUAUGGUUCACCGGAGGGGACUGUGACUCGAACACCAAUGGGGAACACAGCAAACUCGGCAAGGAUUAGUGGGUGGAAUAUGUGGCAGGAGGGUUCUGAGCAAACGUUUGACUUUUCAUCCAAAACCGGAAAAGUCUCAGCAGCUGAAAAGCCUCUCAGCGUUUGGUUUUCCACUGAACAUUUUCAGCUUCAGCUGAACUUAUUCAGGGAGUUGGUUUCCCAAUAAACAACUUCCGAGGAGAGCAAACUCUUCUUGUCAACAAUUUUCUUUAGAAGAAAACCCAAAUCUCCCACAGAGGGGAAAAAUGUUUUGAGAGCAGAUUUGUGCCCUGCCUUGUAAACAACAUAGAUUAGUAGAUUUUAGAGGCUGAAGGAACCUUUAGAUCGUGUUGUCUCAUCAGCUUUCUGCAUUACACAGGCCAGAGAAUCCACCCCAUGGGUCCUGCAUCCAGCUAAGUUUCACAAGGCCCUACAAAUACAAGUGCUCAGCUUUCACCCUUCCCUAUUUCCAGCUCCCCUUUCUCCCUUGGGUCCUUGCUUCUCCCCCAUUCCCAGACUCCACUCCCCCACCCAAGUCCCUUCUUCACACAGUCCCCUCACCACCAUGUCCACACUCCAUGGUAGAGCCGGUCCCAGUUCGCUUCCCCCGGUCACAUCCAGGUGGCACUCCUCACUCCUUCCCCUCACCGCCUUCCCCUUGCCCCAUGGUUCCCAGUUGCUGGCCAGAGAGUGGGGGUGACGGGCCCAGCUGGGGAAGGAGUGGGGCUGGCCAGAAGAUGGGGUGUGGGAUCCAGCUGUUGGGAUACCAUGCCAACAUGGGGGUGAAGGGCCUGGCUGCCUGUGACUCCUGGCUGACUGACAUGGGGGCAAAGGGCGUGGAAGGAAGGUGGCUGGCUUGAGGGGGUUGCUGUCUGGAGUUGGGGAGAGGGACGCUGCUGAGAGGCUGGCAGGAAUGAAGAGGAUGAGAUGAUCAAGACUGGAAUUUUCCAAGGCCUUUAAGGAGGCUAAGCCAUGGGAGGCAGGUGCCCAACUCCCCUAAGCCACUCUGACAAUUCCAGUCUGACCAGAGCUGGGGAGAGGAAAA